UAAAAUUUGUUGUAGGUAUUCAUUUAUGCUUAUAGUAUAGUAGAAAAUUCAUCAGAAAUAGGCACCAAUGAGACAACAGUUGUAAGUGGGAAUAAAAUAAUACAUUAUUUCUCAAUCACCUCGCAACGAUACGAACGCGAGCUCCAAGGGGGUACGCAGCCACAUAAAACGUUUACAUAUAAAUAUGAUACUGGAAAACAAGGAAGAUGAUGAAAGCAUGCGCACAUGUUUGCAUGUGUUGGCGGCCAUGGGACAACUCGUGAGCUGUAAAGCAUUUGUUGACAGUAGGCCUAAAUGUGGCUCCACUUAUGUGAACUGCCCUGAUUCAUUAGGAUGGACUCCACUCAUGUAUGCUGCCAGGUUUGGACAUUAUCAAGUUUUGAAAUUUCUUCAUUCUAUUGGCGCAAGCUUCACGUCCAAAAACAUUUUCGAUUAUACUACACUCUGUAUGGCUGUUGCAAGUAAUAGCAAAGAAGUAUUUGAAUAUGUAAUGGAAGAGCUGCAAAAAUUAGGAAGUCUAGAAGAUGAGACCAUAGCAUUUGAGCUGGCCUGCGUUCUGGGGAGAACUGACUUUUUGAAGAGUUUUCUCUCAUUGGAGGAAUUCGAUGUGAACACCAUUCACUGUUCAUUAACUGGUAUCAAUCCACUGCUGCUGACAGUGUACAGUGGCAAAGUGGAAGCAGUAGAGCUGCUACUAGCCAACGGAGCCAAGCCGCCACCAGUUGAUGACUCAUACCCGUCUGCCCUAGACAUAGCCGCAUUCAACCAGGACGCCCAAAUGAAGGCUGUACUAGUCAAGGAAAAGCUCACCUUGUGUCUCACCCCAACCCUCUUGACGCCUUCCAUCGACACCGAAAACUUAGUUUUUAAUUUUUCCACGCCACCUCCGUUCCACUACAAUUUGCAGGAAAGCGGCUAUCGUCUCAACUAUUCACCGAAACAUCAACGGGAUACAGUUGAUUGCAGCUUCCAUCGUUUGGAUGGUCUUCUGUCACCUAGGUUUCUGAAGCCUGAGGAGAAUAGAAGAUGGCUGGACUCAAUUGAGAAUAAGUUGACUAAAACUACAAAGGAACCGAAAACUUUCUCGCGAAAAAAGUAUAUUUCUUGGAUGUCCCAGAAAAUCAAUAAGAGGAGAGCAAAAUCGACGAAUGACAUAUGUGAAGACAGUUCAAAGGCGAACCUUGAUGGAAUGGAAAGAACCGAUUGUAUUCUGACACAUAUUCUCACAGAACUGAAACUUGAAAAAUAUAUUGCCAAGUUCAAAAAGAAUGAGAUGGACCACUUCACUGUGUUUACUUUAACUGAAGGUGAUCUGAUAGCAUUGGGAAUUCUCAAGAAGAAAGAGAGAUUGAAUAUUUUGGAGUCCUUGGAAGAAUAUAAAUCACAAAUACAACAUAAACUAGAUGCGACUUCUGUUAAUAAACAACAAGUAUGGAGUCUUUCGCCUCAGUGAUGUGUAAAAUUAAUUAAUUAAUUGAUAAUAUUAAUAAAGUUUUCAAAACAUUUUUUUCAAGUAAGCUAAUAGGUACCGUACGGAAUAAAUCAACGAAAUUUAUAGAGCAUUGACGAAUUAGAAAUACAGAAGGGUACCUGCUACUGUAGGUAGGCUACUGAUGAACUAGAAAAAUUAUCAAUUUGUAUAUUUUCAGAAAAUUUUAACUUUUUGAAAAAAUGAUUAUAUUAUGCGGAUUAUGAUGAAUUUUACAGUUUAUGACUUUUAUAAUGUAGUUUAUCCAUUAUUAGGUAAUAACUUGUUUUAAUGAUAACUUUUAUUUCCUAACAAAAGUAAAUUAAUGGACAUUUAUAUUUAAAAAUUGAUCUAAGAAUAAAAGAUGAUGGUUUCUUGACCAUACCGAGCUGCGAUGUGUUAACACUCUUUUUGAUGUAUUUACGACGUGCAGUCAAUUAUUUUUAGUAAAUAAGCAAAUUUGUUUACUUACCAACUGGAGUACUUUCGAAUGACAAGCGUUCAUUUUUAACCUUUCUUGCUGUUCGAAAGUACUCCAGUCAUUAAGUGAACAAAUUUGAUUAUUUCCUUAUAAUAAUUGACUGCACGUCGUGUAAAAUACAUCAAAAAGCGUUUUAUAUAGUAAUUUAAUAAUGUUGAAUAAAUGAUUGAAUCCUUUUCUAUAGUUCAUAAGCUAUAGCUUGGGCUUCAUGAACAUAAUUUUUUUUGUUAUAUAAAUCAACCCAUACAAGUUUUCAAAAUAGACUGAGGCGUACGUACAUCAUUCCACUGAUACAGUACCGGUAUCUAUAUAAUUUAUUAAAUAGUGAAGGAUUCAUUCAAAUAAUCAUUAAUCAAUGAAAAUUUUGUUAGCUUUAUAUGUUUGUUAGUAUUGUGAGUUUUGGAAUGUGCUGAUUUAAUAAAAAUAUUGUUACAAUUUAUAAGCUCA